GUCCCACAAGGGGGUCCAGCGAAUUCUGCAGGCACGUUGCCCAGGGCGAGCCUUGCAGAAUAUUGCACCCUGGUUGUGGGAACAGCGUCAUGGCGGAGAGCAUGUACGACGCUGGCUUCCGUGACGUGCUUAGCACCGACUGUUCGGAGGCCGUCAUCGAGCAGAUGGCCAAGAGGGCGACAGGACAACAGGGGUCCCGCCCUGGACUGCGGUGGGCGGUCAUGGACGCCACUGCCAUGGACUUCCCCGACGAGAGUUUCGACGUCGUGGUGGAAAAGGGGCUGCUCGACGCGCUGCUCUGCGGCGAGAGCCGCGUGCCAGCCGCCCUCUACGCCAAGGAGGUGUUCCGGGUGCUGCGGGCUGGGGGCGUGCCCAUCGGCUAUUCUUGGUCAGCUUCUCGUGCCGGAGGUCGUUCCUCGAGCUCGGGCCGUGGGGGUUCGAGAUCUUGGAGGCGUGCGAGGUGUCGUGGCACGGCAAGCCCUACCACGUGUGCGUGUGCCGGAAGGCACGGGCCACCGCGGCGCUGCUCGCCGAGUGGCCGUGCACCCUGGGCAUGCUGA